AUGGAGAAUAGGAAUAAUGUGACAGAGUUUGUUCUUCUGGGGCUUACUGAGAAUCCAAAGUUGCAGAAAAUUGUAUUUGUUAUGUUCUUGCUCAUAUACAUCAUCUGUAUGGUAGGAAAUAUGCUCAUUGUAAUCACCAUCACCACCAGUUCAUUGUUGGGGUCCCCCAUGUACUUUUUUCUGGCCUAACUCUCCUUUAUUGAUGCCUGCUAUGCCUCUGUCAAUACCCUUAAGCCAAUGGUAGAUUCACUCCAAAAAAAGAAAACCAUCUUGUUCUAUGCGUGCAUAAUGCAAAUCUUUGGGGAACAUUUCUUUGGAGGUGCAGAGGUCAUUCUGCUUACAGUGAUGGCCUAUGACCAUUAUGUAGCCAUCUGCAAGCCCUUGCACUAUACAACCAUCAUGAACCGGAAAGUAUGUCGCCUAUUAGUGGGAGUGUCAUGGGUGGGAGGUUUUCUCCAUGCAAUCAUCCAGAUCCUCUUCAUCUUACCACUACCCUUCUGUGGCCCUAAUGUCAUUGAUCACUUUACGUGUGACCUGAACCCUUUGCUCAAACUGGCCUGCACUGAUACCCACACUCUGGGGCUCUUCGUUGCUGCUAACAGUGGGUUCAUCUGCCUGUUAAACUUCCUCCUGCUGCUCAUCUCCUAUGUGGUCAUCCUGCGCUCCCUGAGGACCCACAGCCUGGAGGGUAGGCGCAAAGCCCUGUCCACCUGCGUCUCGCAUAUCACAGUGGUCAUCCUGUUCUUUGUUCCCUGCAUAUUUGUGUACAUGAGACCUGCAGCUACUUUAUCCAUUGAUAAAGCAGUUGCUGUAUUCUACACUAUGAUUACUCCUAUGUUAAAUCCCUUAAUCUAUACCUUGAGAAAUGCUCAGAUAAAAAAUACCAUUAGGAAAUUGUUUAGCAGCAAAGCCAUUUCAAGUGACAAAUGA